AUGUCGUCAAUGAUUACGACCACAGCGUGGGUGCGACGGGGUGUCGCUGCCCAAUUCCCCACCAAAUAUGAAAUCGACGAGGACGAGAUGAAUCGCAUUUCCAAGCUUGCUCGAAUGCAACUAGAGGAUGCGCAAGAUGACCUGAGUGCCGCAAAGGCGGGCGAGACGAAUGACGACGACGCCGACGAUGCCGCCAUGGAAGAUGACUCGAAGGACAGUGAUAGCAUGGAAGAGGAUGGUGCGAAGCAAAAAACAAAAGAUGGAAACGAGACGAAAGCAAUCACAGAUGACGACGAUGUUCUGAAGGAAUUCGACAUGGAUCACUACGACAGCGAUGACGUGGAUGAGUCUGGAGAGAAAGUGACUCGCUUCGGCAACGUACAGUCGCUUGCUUACCACCAGCCCAACGAGGCUGAUCCCUACUUGGUUAUUCCCGAGGACGAGGAGGAUGAGGAGCGCGAGGAGCUUCAAAUUCUGCCAACAGACAACCUGCUCCUUGCCGGAAAAGUCGAGGACGAAGUCGCCCACCUCGAGGUCUACGUCUAUGAGGACCGUGCCGACAAUCUCUACGUUCACCACGAUAUCAUGCUCCCAGGUAUUCCUCUCUGCGUGGAAUGGCUAGACAUCCCCGUCGGCAAGGGCAGCGAGGGACGUGAGGCAGGAAACUUUGUUGCCGUCGGCACAAUGGAGCCCGACAUUGAGAUCUGGGACUUGGAUGUGGUGGACAGCAUGUACCCCAACGCCAUUUUGGGACAAGGCGGGCAGGACACUACCGCACCCUCUUCGUCCAAAAAGAAGUCGAAGAAGAAGUCCAAGGCCAAUGACGAGUACCACAUCGACUCCGUGCUGGCUCUUGCCGCCAAUCGCCAGCAUCGGAACUUGUUGGCAUCCGCCUCUGCAGACCGCACAGUCAAGCUGUGGGAUCUGAACACCACGAGCUGCGCCAAGUCAUACACACACCACACCGACAAGGUCUGCUCGCUCGACUGGCACCCCAAAGAGUCCACAAUCCUUCUCAGUGGCUCUUAUGAUCGCACCGUGGUCGCUGCCGACAUGCGUGCUCCUGAUGCCAAGGCUCGCUGGGGAGUUGAUACUGAUGUUGAGAACGUGCGCUGGGACCCUCAUGACCCUAACUACUUCUACGUCACCACUGACGGUGGUAUGGUCUAUCGCUAUGAUGUCCGCAACGUCCCCGCCUCUCCGGCCGAGUCCAAGCCCGUCUGGUCGCUGCAGGCCCACGAUUCCUCCGUCUCGUCUUUUGACAUCAACCGCAGUAUCCCUGGAUUCCUGGUGACCGGUUCAACGGACAAGGAGGUCAAGCUGUGGAACGUCGAGAACGACAAGCCCAGUCUCGUCGUCACUCGAAAGCUCGACGUCGGCAAGGUCUUCUCUACUGGCUUUGCUCCCGACCCGGAGGUGAGCUUCCGCCUAGCUGUCGCCGGCAGCAAGGGUAUUGUCCAGAUCUGGGAUGCCUCCACCAACGGAGCUGUGCGCCGAACAUUCGUGUCUCGUAUGCCCGACUUGGCUGGAGACGUGCCCGAGCGCAUCACCGGUGUGGGUGCGGACGAUGACGACUCUGAUGAUGAGGAGGGCGCCGAUGAGGGUGCUGAUGGUGCCGCCGCUGGGCCUGACGGCUGGGAGUCCAUGGAUGAGGACUAA